AUGGCGGAGCGGAGAAUUUCCUAUGCUGUUGACGUCGAAAAUGGUGAGCGUCACACCCGUGAGGCUGGUGAUGAGGGUAACCUCGACGAGUACUCUGCUCUCAACCGGUACAUCUCGACUGCCCGCGACAACCGUCGUGGCUCCACCUCGAGCGCCGGUGCUCUGAGUUCGGGCGAGGAGAAGAAGAAGCCCUGGUGGAAGUUCGGUGGCAAGGCCGCUGGUGGUAUCCAGGAUGGUUUCGUUGCCCCCGAUGACUGGCUCGACACCGACCUUCGCACUGGUCUGAGCACCAGCGAUAUCGAGCCUCGUCGCAAGAAGACUGGCUGGAACGAGCUGGUCACUGAGAAGACCAACAUCUUCAUUCAGUUCAUUGGUUACUUCCGUGGUCCCAUUCUCUAUGUUAUGGAACUUGCUGUCCUCCUCGCUGCCGGUCUGCGUGACUGGAUCGAUCUCGGUGUUAUCUGUGGUAUUCUUUUGCUUAACGCUCUCGUCGGUUGGUACCAGGAGAAGCAGGCUGCCGAUGUCGUUGCUUCUCUCAAGGGUGAUAUCGCUAUGCGUGCUAUCGUUGUCCGUAACGGCCAGGAGGAGGAGAUCCUCGCUCGUGAGCUCGUUGCUGGUGAUAUUGUUAUCGUCGAGGAGGGUACCGUUAUCCCUGCCGAUGUCCGCCUGAUCUGUGACUACUCCAAGCCCGAGAUGUUCGAGGCCUACAAGGAGUACCUCGCCAACGCCACUUCCGACGACCUCAAGGAGAAGCACGGUGAUGAUGACGAUGAUGAUGUUGAGACCCACCAGGGUGUCUCCCUCAUUGCUUGUGAUCAGUCCGCUAUCACUGGUGAAUCUCUCGCUGUCGACAAGUACAUGGCUGAUGUCUGUUACUACACCACUGGUUGCAAGCGUGGCAAGGCCUACGGUAUUGUCACUGCUACUGCUCGUCACUCUUUCGUCGGUAAGACUGCCGCCCUUGUUCAGGGUGCCCAGGACUCUGGUCACUUCAAGGCUGUCAUGGACAACAUCGGUACCUCUCUGCUCGUUCUCGUCAUGUUCUGGAUUCUCGCCGCCUGGAUUGGUGGUUUCUUCCGUCACUUGAAGAUCGCUACUCCCGAGCACAGCGACAACAACCUGCUCCACUACACCCUGAUUCUCCUGAUUAUUGGUGUUCCCGUCGGUCUUCCCGUUGUCACCACCACCACCCUCGCUGUCGGUGCGGCCUACCUCGCCGAGCAGAAGGCUAUCGUCCAGAAGCUCACUGCCAUCGAGUCUCUCGCUGGUGUCGACAUUCUCUGCUCUGACAAGACCGGUACUCUCACUGCCAACCAGCUUUCCAUCCGUGAGCCCUACGUCAUGGAGGGUGUUGAUGUUAACUGGAUGAUGGCCGUCGCUGCUAUUGCUUCUUCCCACAACAUCAAGAACCUCGACCCCAUCGACAAGGUUACUGUCCUUACCCUCCGCCGCUACCCCAAGGCCCGCGAGAUCCUUUCCCGCAACUGGGUUACCGAGAAGUACACUCCUUUCGAUCCCGUCUCCAAGCGUAUUACUACCGUCUGUACUUGCGAUGGUGUCCGUUACAUUUGCGCCAAGGGUGCCCCCAAGGCUAUCCUCAACAUGUCUGACUGCUCCCCCGAGGAGGCUGUCCUCUACCGUGAGAAGGUCACUGAGUUCGCUCGCCGUGGUUUCCGUUCCCUUGGUGUCGCCGUCCAGAAGGAGGGUGAGCCCUGGCAGCUUCUGGGCAUGUACCCCAUGUUCGAUCCCCCCCCGUGA